AUGAACAAGAAAGCAUCGCCAAAAGAUAUAUUUCUUUAGACUAAUCUUUCCCUAUUAGCAAUACAAAUAUUGUUAAAUAUCAGUCUAAUUUAAGAAUUGACAGAAAUAAUGACUGAUCUAAUAGUUAUUAUUAUCAAAAUAAUUGCUGACAUUUUCAUAUUCUGUCUUAUGUAUGUUUUAAAGAAUAAAAUUACUCCAAAUAUAAUUUUGAAUAUCAUGUUAGUGGAUAGGAUACUUGAAAUAGUUGUUAUUUCAAUAAUAUAAUUACCUAAUUGCAUAUUCUUAUCAAUAUAGAUGUGUUAUUCAUUAGAGAUUAAAAUAGAUUAAUUCAUAUCUAAAAUUGCUUUACUUGUUAAUAUUCUUGGAAAAUUAUCUCUAAUAUUAUCAGUCAGUUUGAUUUAAAUUAAUGCAAUAAGUUUUAUUUGUUCAUUUUUUUUAAUAGGAAUGGAUAUUUUUAAAUAUUGUUAAUCGUAGGACUAAAUAUAAAAUUAAACCCAAUAUUUACAAUCAUAAUUAAAUGAAUUAUAAUCACCCUUUUAUUAUUAAAAAACAAGUGAUAAUAUUUGGAGAUAAAGAAUCUAAGAUAUGAAUGUAUAAGUACUUAUUUUAGAUUAUUCUAAUUUGUGUGUUAAAUACAUUAAUUAAUGCUUUAUAAAAUUGUUCAAAUGUGAAAUGGAAGAAGAAUUAUAAAAAAUUAUUUUAUCCUAAUUAAGUUUUUAAAUACCAUAAUAGUGUACAGAAGUCUUUAAAAUUGCAUCACUUUAGAUGAAAAAACUAAGAGAUAAAUAAAGAGAUCCAUCUUGUAAAGAAUUAAAAAAUCUGUAAUCUACAAAGUAGGUUAUUACAAUAUAAACUAAGACUUUAGAAUAAAUUAUAAAUGAAUAUAAAAAAGGAUUUUAUGAUUCAUUAAUAUAAGCUUCAAGUAAUAAAGCACUUGAUAUAUCUUGUACUCUUAAAUUAUAGAAUUGUAAUCCUAUUUCAUUGAGUGGAUAAAUUAUUAGUGAUAAUUAAGAGAUAACUAUUUUUUUAAAUGAUAUUUCAAAAUAGACAGAAUUAUCAUAAUAAAAAAUUAAAGAUGAUUUCAAAUCAAAAAUAAUAGAGUCAUUUUCACAUGAAAUGAAAACACCUUUAAAUAGUGCUAAAAAUUUGAUAGAAUCAGCUAUUUCCGAAUCAAAAAUUGAUAAUUUUAUAAAGAUCUAAUAUUUACAACCAGCAUAUAACUCUUUGAAAUUGCAAUCAUAUAUCAUUAAUGAUAUCAUUGAUUUUUCAAAUUAUUAUGCUAAUUAAUUAUUUCUUUCAACAAAGGAAAUUACAUUCAAAGAAUUAAUCAAUGAGAUUAGUGGUUUAUUUUAACAGUAGUUUUAAAUGAAGAAUAUGGGUUUAUAAAUAGUAAUGAAAAAAAAUAAUUUUUCAACUUUUAAUACUGAUUAUAAUCGUUUAUUAUAAAUCAUAGUAAAUUUAUUGGCAAAUUCUUUAAAAUUUUCAUAUAGUGGAAAUGUUAUUGUAAAAUUUAAAUCAGUUGAAUAAAAUACUUUAAAAAUAUCUAUUAAAGAUUAAGGGAUUGGUAUGGAAUAAGAGAAUUUAGAGAGAAUUUAGAGAACUUUAUGCCAAUUUUAGGAAACAUCUGAUUUUGUAUUUAAUAAAGGGUGGCAUGGAUUUGGACUAUUAGUAUCAUCUAUUUUAUUAACAAAAUUAUGUGCUAAUCCAAAAAAAUAGUUAUUAUAAAUUAAAAGUGAAGGAAAGAAUUUAGGAACAAAAGUAACAAUUUUAGUGGAUGAUUAAAAUAAAGGACAAUCACCACUUAUGUUAAGUAGAAAAUUACUUAGAAUUGGAACAAAAAUGAAUUCUUCGAACAAAAUAUAAAUUGGAACUGUAAUUGUUACAUCAAUUAGGAGAAUGUCUAAUUAUAAGAAUAAUGAUAUGAUUACUCCUUAAUUUAAGACAAAAGAAUUUUUUACUGAUAUGAUAUCAUUAGAUAAAUCAAGUGAAUUUUUGACUUUAAAUAGUAAAGUGAAACAAUUAUAAUCCUCAAACCCUAAAUUAAUUAGUAAUUUAAAUGAAUCACAUAGUUCAGAUUCAAGUCAAGAUAUUAAUUUUAAUCAUUUAAGAUAAUCACGUGAUUCUCCAUCAAUAUAAUAAUAAUUUAAGGAGAUAAAAUAACGUAGAAGUCUUUAAUCAUAGGUAUAUAGUAUAAAAUAAUUAAAAUUUUUGGAAGAUUAAGAGAGUUAAUAAAAUUUAUUGAAUUUUGUAUAAAAAAAGAAAUGUUAAUGUAGAAAAAUACUCUCAGUAGAUGAUGAAGUUUUUAAUUAACAUUCAUUAUGUAUGUUAUUAUAGAAAUUAGAUUUUGAAGUUUUAGUGGUUAGUAUUUAUUUUAUUUAUUAUAGGCUUUUAAUGGUUAAUAAGCAAUAGAUAUAUUGAAUCAAUUAAAAAAAUGUUGUGAUAAUUGUUAAUUGCUUGAUGUAAUUUUGAUGGAUUAUUAAAUGCCAAUAUUAAAUGGAAUUGAAACAACAAAAUUAAUUUCAGAAAUGAUAAAAAUUUAGAAGAUACCUUCUAUUAAGAUUAUUGGUUUAACAGCAUUUACAAGUGAAUCAGAUAUUAUAAAUUGUUUAGAUGCAGGGAUGACUUAUGUUUUAUCUAAACCAUUAAACUUGAAAGAAUUUAAAGAUAUAUUGUUAAAUUUAUGA